UUUGAGUGUCCAGCGCCAUGUCCUCUCCUGAUGCAGACAUGCCUCCUGCUCCAGCUCCCAAAGCUCCCAAGAAGAAGAGGGGUCCCACCAUCUCUGCCCUGAUCCUGAAGGCUGUUGCUGGGGCUAAUGCUACCGGCGGCCUCUCUCUGACUGCAGUCAAGAAGGUCCUGAAGGAUGGAGGUUACGACGUCAAGAAGAACAAUGCCAGGAUUCUUCUGGCAGUCAAGCGCUUAGUGGCCAAGAAAAAGCUGGCCAAAGUCAAAGGUUCUCUGAAGAUCAAUCCUAAACCUAAGAAGGUGAAGAAGAAGCCAGCAGCCAAGAAAGCCAAGAAAGCCAAGAAACCAGCGGCAAAGAAGUCACCUAAAAAGAAGAAGGCGAAGAGUCCUAAGAAAGCCAAGAAGGCUAAGAAAGCUAAAAGCCCAAAGAAGCCUAAAGCGAAGAAGCCCAAAUCCCCUAAGAAACCUAAGGCUCCCAAGAAGCCCAAGGCACCUAAAGCUGCUGCCAAGAAAUAAAGUUCUCCAGGAGAGCGUCUGUGAAGGCACCUAUCAAAGACUGUGUGUAGACUGCAAUGAUUUAACUUGAACAUCUCUUUCGCUUUGCUAUUUUUCAGUCUAUUCUUGUCCAUACUCCUUAUAUGUCUAGUCAACUUCUUUCUUAACCUCAUUUUUGACCAGUCAGUGUGGUCAUUAUUUGCACUUGCUGAAAAAGGGA